ACAGAUUUCCUCUGGUUUCCUGCCCCAAUUCUUUAUUUCCACCACUCAUAAUACUGCCAACAUGGCCAAGGAAGUUCAAUUCGAGUCCUUCCAGGACCAGAAGCCUGGAACUUCAGGUCUUCGAAAGAAGGUGACUGUCUUCCAGAAGCCUCACUACAGCGAAUCUUUCGUCACCAGCAUCCUCCUGUCCAUUCCUGAGGGUGUAGAGGGAUCAUUCCUUGUCAUUGGUGGUGAUGGCCGCUUCUGGAAUCCCGAGGUCAUUCAGUUGAUCGCCAAAAUUGGUGCCGCGUAUGGUGUCAAGAAGCUCCUCAUCGGCCAGAACGGCAUCCUAUCCACACCUGCCGCCAGCCACGUCAUCCGCAAGAGAAAGGCCACUGGUGGUAUCCUUCUCACUGCCAGCCACAACCCUGGUGGCCCUACGAACGACUUCGGUAUCAAGUACAACCUCGCCAACGGUGGCCCGGCCCCUGAGUCCGUCACCAACAAGAUCUACGAGACCUCCAAGACCCUCACCUCCUAUAAGAUCGAAGACAUUCCCGAAGUCGACAUCUCGACUAUCGGCACCAAGACCUACGGGUCUCUCGAGGUCGAGAUCAUCGACAGCGUUGCCGACUAUACCCAGAUGCUGAAGGACAUCUUUGACUUCCCUCUGAUCAAGAAAUUCUUCACCGAGCACCCCGACUUCAAGGUCCUCUUCGAUGGCCUUCACGGUGUCACUGGUCCUUAUGGCAAGGCUAUCUUCGAGGAGGAGCUGGGCCUGGCCGGCUCCACCCAGAACUGCGUGCCCUCGCCCGACUUCAACGGCGGUCACCCUGACCCCAACCUCGUCUACGCCCACAGCCUCGUCGAGGUUGUCGAGAAGAACAAGAUUCCCUUUGGCGCGGCUUCCGAUGGUGAUGGAGACCGGAACAUGAUCUACGGCGCUGGCGCCUUUGUCUCCCCUGGUGACAGCUUGGCCAUCAUCGCCCACUAUGCCGACCUCAUCCCCUACUUCAAGAAGCAGGGCGUCUACGGCCUGGCUCGCUCCAUGCCCACCUCCGGGGCUGUCGACCUUGUCGCCAAGAAGCAGGGAAAGAACUGCUACGAGGUGCCCACCGGCUGGAAGUUCUUCUGCGCCCUCUUCGAUGCUGACAAGCUGUCCAUCUGCGGCGAGGAGUCUUUCGGAACGGGCUCCAACCAUGUCCGCGAGAAGGACGGCCUGUGGGCUGUCGUUGCCUGGCUCAAUAUCAUUGCUGGGCUCGGCGUUGCCAACCCUGGUGCCACCCCCAGCAUCAAGCAGAUCCAGAAGGAUUUCUGGACCGAGUAUGGCCGCACCUUCUUCACGCGCUACGACUACGAGAACGUCGACUCCGAUGGCGCCAACAAGGUUGUCGGCGUGCUCAAGGACCUUGUUGCCGACAAGAGCUUCGUCGGCAGCAAGAUCGAGGGUCGCACCGUCACUGACGCCGGCAACUUCUCCUACACCGACCUCGACGGUUCGGUCUCUUCCAACCAGGGCCUGUACGCCAAGUUCGACUCCGGCAGCCGCAUUGUCGUGCGCCUGUCCGGCACCGGCUCUUCUGGUGCUACCAUUCGUCUGUACAUCGAGCAGCACACGUCCGAUUCUUCCAAGUACGACCUCGACGCGCAGGACUUCCUCAAGCCUGAGAUCAAGUUUGCGACCGACCUCCUCAAGUUCAAGGAGUUUGUUGGCCGUGAUGAGCCCGAUGUCAAGACAUAAGUUGGGCCUGGCUGGUAUACGCGUGGUGGUAUAGAGCGCUGAACACUGCAGACCGAUGCACCUGUUCCUCUUUUCUCUUUUUUUUUCCCAUGAUAUUACGAGCCCUGAUACAUUAAGUACAACAAAAAAAAUAUCCCG